ACCACAUUUCCGGUUUGAAUUAUUUCAUCCAUGCUUCCUAAACGGUGAACCCUCGGCACAAACACAUACACACGCACACGCAACCUAAAGAGCCUCAGUAACACAGCGACGAUGUUCAAACUGGAAGGUCUUGGGCCUAAGAUGGACCCGGAGGAGAUGAGGAGGAAAAUGCGGGAGGAUGUCAUCUCGUCCGUGCGCAACUUUCUCAUUUACGUCGCGCUGCUCCGAGCCACUCCUUACGUGUUGAAGAAGCUGGACAGCAUAUGAGUGGGUCAGCUGGUCCUCUUGCCUCCCAUCCAGCCACAUGGAGACAACAUGGGCAUCACCAGAGCCAGCCGGGGGCCAUCACCACAGAUACCACAGAGGACAGAGCCACCGCCCGUCCUUGCGCCUGACCCGGGAGACCACCAUGUUGUCAUUCAUAGUCUUGUUCUGUCGUUAACAAUAGUUUGUCAUUUUGUUACAGAAAAAAACCAUUGUAAUCUCUGAGUAAAUGCAAAGUGUGAUAAUGCGUGUGCCUGCUGUGUCGUGUAAUAAAAGGAAAACCAUAAACAUGU